AUGCAUGGCAACACGAUGAAGAAAGCCAACAGACGACAAGCAGAAGAGUCCACACCCAGCCAAUGCAUAGACACGAGUGCCGGCAGCAAUCACGUAGCGAGCAAGAAAGCUAGAGUUGCAGACGUAGUGGAUGCCGCAUCCUCGCUUCGAGCACAACCUAGCAACCCGAGUGUCCAGAAAGAAGUGGAGGAGGAUGAGGACCGGAAAAUUGCCGUCCGUGUGCAGACCCGAAUAGGGUGUGAGCUAAUCAAAAUCCCUGGUGACGGUUGGUGUUUUUUCCAUGCCGUACUUCGCCAUUGUCGCGGUUGGCAGUCGUGGUCGGUAUCCGAAGCUGCAAAGUUAUACUUGCAAGCCUUAGAAUGGAUGUGUAAGCAAAAGAAUGGACCCAGAGCAGAUGAGGUUGCGAUUGCCAGUGUGCCGUUUGAUGACCGAGAAGCAGGCCUACACCUGGGGUUCCUUCAGCAAGCAGAGCAGUUGGAGGCAGCAGAAGGUUUGACAGCUGCCGAAAUCGUGCUUUGGAGUAAAGUGGUGGCGGUUUUGGAAAAGCCACGGAUGUUAGAUUCCAUUCACCAUGGGUCCGUGGUAGAAUUGUGGGCCCUCACCCAAGCCUUUGACUUUCACUGUCUCAUUUGGAGCCAAGAAGAGAACAAAAACAUUUGGAUCCGGGACAUGGCCUACAUCACCGAUGCAGAAACACAAGAGAAGUUGCAAGAACAUCCAAAUGUCUUAGAACUUUUCCACCGAAACACUGGCAUCACCGGGCACUAUGAUCUCGUCCAACGCGCGGCAGCAUUGCGCGAACCAUUCCCUGAAACACCAUGGUUGGAAACAUGGAGAACACAGAGUGCAGAAGCAGUGUUGUGUCUUGCUGCAGAAAGCCUCCGAAACCCAGUGGAAGUGUCACCCAUGUCGCCGCAGAGUCAGUCAGCGCACGUUGCAGAUCCGAGUGCAGUGUGCGACACCCAUGCCGCAGGGGAUGCAGAGCGGCCAACAGCAGAGGCAGCCGGGCAAUCGCAGCAGACCAGCCGCACCACUGCGACAGAAUGGGAUGCAACAACGCGGCAGCCAAAUCGGUCGCAGCAGGUGCAUGACACAACUGAAGCCGACAAAGAGGCAGCCACUGGUGUCUGGGAAGGGCAUGACGACGCAGAAGCGUCGGAGGGUGCAGCAACCGACGUGGAUUCUGAAAGCGUGCUUUCCUGGGAUUCAAACCUGUCCGAGACCACAGAUGACGCUGAAGUAGAAGUCGCCGUGGACGCGACAAAGACAUGGGUCACUGUCGAAGAUCGUGACCAAGAACGCAUUCGACGCACAGCAUUCCAACUGCGACAACAUCCUCUGCUGCCAUCUCCAGCCGCGAUGACGGAAUUUCCCACCGUGCAGCCAAACAGUGGUCUCGUAUACCCAGCCGUGCAUUGUGCCUUUGAGGGAUGCGGGUGGGCAUCCGACACACAACCGUGCCACCCGCACUGGUCGAAGGAAAAAGUAUGGAACAUGAAAGCAACAACAUGGGCACACACUACAUUGAAGUGCUGCGGGGACGAAGUGGUGUGUUUGUGGGCACACCUUCAGGCGUGUCAUUCAGAACACUUUGCAGACAUACCCCGUGAAUUUGUGGCUUCAACAUACACUGCUGCAUUGCUAGAAAAGGAGCGUGGACAGGUCCCACAGGUUGGCUGGAGCGUCGAUCGGCGCACGCUGCGUCGACUACGGGUCGAUUUGGACGACAACACUUGCCAAGCAUUGAUUUGCGCCUGUUGCGCCCGAGUGAGUCCUGGAGGCAUGGGAGGGGAGAUUGCCUACAUCUCUGUCAAACAUUUGUUCAAUGCACUUACCCCAGACGCGAUCCGAGCAAAUUGGAACCUGGACAGGUACAUGACGCAAUAUGGUACGCUGGCUGCUGUGACAAAUCGCUUCGAAGCACAGGAGUGGACUCGAACCCUGCCGGAAACUAUCUGCGACGGCAUGCAACUCAUAUGCUGCCCAGAGGAUGUUCGCUGUGGACGUUGCCCCGACAGUGCGCUGCAACUGUGUGAGUCGUGCGAAUUACCCUUGUGUCGCAGUUGCCUAGAACACAUGUCGAAACAGAACCCCUGUGCAGUGCCAGAAGCCCUUGCAAACGACAAUUGGUUUGGAUACCCAACAGAGUUGUUGUACACCCACAAAGUGCGUUGGAUAGAAGCGGCGGCUGCCUCUCCGGUCUGGACUUCCGUCAUCAAUUACUACCUGGAAGCCGACCGAGGCAAUUUGAUAGAAGAACAUUUGCAUCGGCCCGAACACAGGACCGCAAUCCGAGGCAAUGUGUCUUCUUUUAGCAUUCCAUGGGAAGAGGUACUUGCUGCACUGGCCCCCGAGACUCGGCAGAACGCCUCUUGGGAAAAGUUGCCUCACCCGCCACAUGUCCUCCAAGCUAUUGUAAAAGUCAAUGUGAAGGGUAUGUUAUACAAUGAGGCCAUCGAGUGGGUAGCAGGGGCACGCAUCCGACCAUGGGUCGUCAGUGCACUCUUGCAUCACCUCAUCGACAUGCAACAUCCAAUGUGUACCUCGCAUUUGUCGGCAGAGGAGGCAAAAACAGCAGUGACGCAGCGUGUGACUUUGAUCUAUGGGGUGGAAGAAACAAGGCCCAUAGUCGACUGGAAGCAACCUCCUUCACCGACUGUGCCAUCAAAAGGCGCAUACCCCUGCAUGCGACGCCAGAGCAGCGCUCAGGCAGCAGCGAAUGUGAACUCAGAACCAACCAUUUCAAAUAACGAGACUGACUCUCCAACGAUGAGCGGCCAGAGCUCGUCUCAGCCAGCGUCUGAGGUGCAACAUUUCAAGCCUUCUCGUGUGAAAACUGCAUCCCCAAAGAUCGUGUCCCAGCUGCAAUCCGAAGAGACAGCCUAUGUGUACAGCAAAACGUUUCCACAGCAUACAAGCCACAGCGAUGACAACGCAACCAUGCACGAUAUGCCAACCCACCGAACACGCCAGAUGGUAGCAGAGCGAAAAGAUCAAGGCAGCCCUCAGGUGACAGCUGAAGUCAUAGCAGACUCGGCCUCGUCACAGGAGCAACAAGUUACAGUGUCAACACCUAGCCACAGCAAGUUUCCAUUAGUGCAUGCAAAGCAUGAGCGGGAUGCCUCGCCCGACGACAACCCAUCGCGGCAGGUGAGAAGCCAGAGCAGCGCUCAGGCAACCACAGCAGACAAGAGCGAUGAAAAGGCCACAGCAGCUCGUCCGAGCCAUGCUAGGAAUUUCUUUGGUGCCAGUGGAGACGUAAGCCAGCCGCUGCCGCAGAAGCAUGCAACGCCCGAGUCAGUCCCAGACACAGCUUUGGAUGGCGAGUCCUUCGUAGGCAGUGUGAGACCCAAUGUAUUGUCACAAGAUUAUACGGGUGCAGAGUGGAAAGACCCCGACGUCGACAUGUUGUUGCAAUUAGGCAAUGCGACUGACACACUCACCAUUCAAACCGGGCACAACUUCUGGGACCAGUGGCAAAAUGAUUUUCUUCCAUGGGCUUUUCCCUUCAGCAUCCCCGCACCCGUCAGUGGUCCGGACUUCCCCCAUAAAGAGCGACCACGAAGGCCCGCCGAUGCGCCGCACUUGCCGCCCUUGGCACACUUGAAACUCCUAGCCGGCCGCAUUGAGAGUUCAAUUCGCAACUCAUGGGACCUGAUUCCCGGGCUGAGACGAUUGACUUUCAAAUGGCAUUCCGUGUGGCAAGGCUCGCUUUGGCGGAAAUGGAAGUCACAGCGGCAAGCCAUUGCACCGGUGCCAACGCUCAAGUGGGUGCAAGCGGCGCGCGGCCUCUACAACAAACUCAGAUCCGGCACGUACACCACAGCAAGUGGAAAGCCGAAACCCAUCCAGUUCGAUACACGCAAAUUGCCCUACGCCCGAGGCCUCACAACAGAUGAAAAAGAGUUGCUCCAGGACGUUAAAGGCAUGCAAGGCCAUAUGCCUGGAACAAUUGAAGUCCGACGUCGCAUUGGACGUUUCCUCUUCGGGGCCAGGGUUGAGAUGGGAGAACCUCUCUUCAUCACCAUAUCUCCAACAACCCGUCAUAACACCCUCUGCAUCAAAUUCAGCCGCUAUCGUGCCGCCGAUCCUGGCGGAGCUGAAGAAGGAGCACGCGAUCGCCCCCAGCUAUGGGACACCGCAGAGGCGACCAUCGAAGUGCCACCUUACGACACCCGCAGACAGCUCGCUGCGAGGGAUCCUUGGGCCGUCGUGCUUAGUUUCCAAACAGUGGUGCGAUGCAUCUUCGCCAAAUUGCUCGGCAUUCGUAUGUGCUUCCGUUGCCCAGCUUGCGAUUGCCGCGAUGCACGCGGACACGGGUGUCAUGUGACGGGGGGCAUCCUUGGCCUUGUCACCGGCCUAUGCGGGGCAAUCGAAUAUCAAGCUAAUUCGACACCGCAUUUCCACUGCAACGUGUACAUCGCUUCCAUUUGGCAACAUUCUUUGAGUGAACUUGCAGCUAAGCUGAAUGACAGCACCAUCACAUUCGAGGACGUGCGCCAAUUCUUGACAUGGGCACACGCCGAAUCCCAUCCCGACCCAGCAAGCCAUACGCAAAAACAAGACCACCUCGAAGCAGACUGGGCCCAGAACAACUGCAAAGCAAGCCACGAUUUCUUAUGUCAAUGGCCAGAAUUCCUGACCGAAGACAAAGCGGCCAGCCCCUGGGUGAAAGCAGUGGAACCGAAGCAGGCAUUAGCCGACGCAAGUCGUUUCAUCCACCAAUAUCGUCUCGCAGCCCAGAACAAGAUCAGCCACCAGCAAAUCCACUGGCAUCCGUGGAACAUCGUGCAAAAAUGUCGGUUGCCUAUUGCCGCUUGCCGAAAGAAGGGGGCGCCAAACAAGUGUAAGCACAGUUUCCCAAAAGUGCAGAACGAUAAAGUUCGAGUGAUAUGUCGAGGGAACGCACGAAAAUUUGCCCAGAGCACUGCCGGGCGGCGAAAUGCAUUAGGCAUGGUCUUAGACAAAAGAGACGAUCCGUGGCUAUCAGGCACAAUGCACGCAUUCACCCUCAUGUUAUUUGGUAAUUCACACACUGCAAUAAAUUUCCGAGUGCCUCUGGCGGCAAACACCCACGACGAAGACUGCAAGCGCGGCUGCUUGGCCCAAAACAUGCUCCCAAAACUCCAACGGGCAAUGGCACAAGCAGCCCGCCGAUCCACCAGAUACUUCACCGGCUACUUGCAGAAGCCGCAGCCGUUAGGCAAAAAGGAAUUACAACAAGCAGCCAAGCAAUUGCAUUUCCUCGAAGAAGCAGCUGCAAAAGAUGACGCUGCAGCACACUACCGCAAAGUUGUGCACCGAGUCUUUGGGGACCUCGAAUUUCGCUGCUCUGUGCGCCCGGUGACCGAGGAAUUCAUGCUCGCAGGCUUUGGCAACAUGGCGGAUCCCACCGCGGCCGAAUGCAUCCGCACUUUCCCCGUAGUCCCAUUUAUAGGCAUGGACUGGCUCAGUAUCUUAGACUCCGUCACAGAAGUGCGGCACAAAAUAGAACCCCCAAACCCCUAUAAAACCACCAUUAAGACAUCGGAAAUAUAUGGCUGGCGAGGGACCGACGAGCGAGUGUUUCACUUGUGUCCGUGGGAGUUUAUGAAAUGGUGGACCCUAAAAAAAUUGCAGCCGCCCACCAAAAAUGCAACUGAAGACGGACAAGGGCUCAGUGUUUGGGUGAGUAAGCAAGGCACCGACCGAAAACCUGUGGAUGGCUGGCAAUAUGGCCGUGAUUACAUUUGGAAAGACCCAUUGCCAAACAGCCGAGCCGCCAACCUGGUCCGGCUACCGCAGUGCCAUGGAUGCAGUCGAGUGCAGGAUUACUAUCUGGAAAGACGGACCGAACCACUGAUUCCAUAUCCGACGACCUGUCCGUUGCCGAAGCCCGACAUGUCAAAGGAUGCACAGGCGAGGCUCCUCAAUGUCUAUCUGAGGCCCUGGACACUUGAUCUGAAAAGUGCUACCCCGCAUGUCCCGCAUAUCAGUGCCUUAGACUUAGAGAUAAGAAGUAAUAGUCUCAACCCCAGUACGCGCUUGCGGACCAAGACAGCACCUGGUCCAAGAAGUCACCAUUUAGCAUGGAGAGCAUAUAUCCAGCAGCACGUUGUGUCUGAACAUGCAGCUCGCACUAUUCGAAACUUUCUGUCCGCAACAGAGUGUGAUCCAGAAGAAGUCGACCUGGCCGAAACACCAGCCCAGCCAACAGACCAUGAAGUGGACACGACCUGGGUAACUUCUGACACCAUCGAUAAACUUGUCCGAGGUGUGGGCUUCGAAUAUUCGAAACGGUCAGGUCCAGCGGUACGCCGCAUAGUUGAGGAAUGGGAAGCUACUCCGCAGGUUGAUGCAAUAAACUCUUGGGUUGUAAACAGUGGAAUAACGGACAUAAAGCUGGACCGGAGUCAAAGCAAAACGCAACAACUGACACCGUGGUCCGAGACCGAACCACUGCGCUGGACCUACGGCAAAUUAACGCCAGAGGCUGCCACGGCAUGGUUGCAGCGUCUCGCAGAGCAGGGCUCGGUGGCAGUCGAUGCAGCCGCAUGCAGUGCAGAGCAGCGCUCAGCCAGUGCAGAACCGCGCGCAGCAAAGGCAGAGCCGCGGUCGGCAUGUAAACCCACAGCCGAACAACUGAAAUUCCUGCGUGCUGUCGUCGACCGCUGCCUCACAGAGGCUCAAGAAGAACAGGCCGAAAGUUCCCGCAGUGAGCCGUUGCGUGCAGUCUUCCACGGGGUUCCAGGUGCAGGCAAAACUCAAACCCUGAAGUGGUUGCGUGCUUUUUUCGAAGAUUUGUGUGGGUGGCAGCAUCAACAAGAGUUUGUAUACUUGGCACCACAGAACACCCAAGCUGCACUUAUUGCUGGCAUGACGCUACACUCGUUUGCCAAUAUCCAGGUGAAAAGUAAAACGGCCCGGGCAAACAACACCAGCACACCGGAACAGUUCGCAAAAUACCAACGCCUACGGUGGCUGGUGGUGGAUGAAUCUUCGACGGUCGGGCUCGAAAUAUUGGCCACUCUUGAGAAACGCCUGCAGCAGUCUACCAGAGAUCGGGAUACGUGGAAACUUCGGCCAGGGGGAGAACGGAGGCCAUUCGGAGGGCGCAACCUCAUCUUGACCGGGGACUUGUGGCAGUUCCCGCCAGUCAAAGCCACAGCCAUCUACCAGAACCCUUUCCAGUCAAACGCAAGUUUCCAAGUCAACGCGCUGCAGCAAAUAUGUUGGUCGCACACCUCGCUCGCCAUCCCACACCUGUUUGAACUCACCCUCGAACAGCGGUGCGAGGACGCCUGGCUCAGCCAAAUUCUUCACCAGGCGAGGCAUGGAAACAUGUCGCAGGAAGUGUGGUCUUUCUUACACGGGUUCCCAACACUCCAUGCCGGCUCGUGGUCCUUUCAAACCAAUGAAGCCAGCUGCGGCCAAAAAACUUGCAACAACCUACAUCUUCAACCCACCGCCCCCAACCAGUUGGAAUGUGUCAUUUGCCACCAAGAAAGGGCACGGCGAUGCAUCGUAGGCAAAGACCCAAAGGCCGAGCACUUCCUCAACCAUCCUUUCGUGCAUGGGUUGAAUGCCGCCAAGUACAUUGCAGCCAACCUGCGUGCCAAAUGGGUCGCAAGCACUCGCAAGCACAAGUUGCUUUGGAUAAUUGCUCAAGAUACCCCGCUUUUUCAUGUGGAGGCGACGGAAUUACAAGCCCGGCGCGAAAAUUGGUUGCAGCGCCAUGACCAGUCCACCGGCGGAGUCGUCGGAAUCUUACCCCUUCUCCAGAACAUGCCAAUCCGAGUCACGCAAACCCUGUCUGAUCUGAAAGCGUUCGGGCUCUUCAAAAACACCCGGGGCAUCCUUUGGAAUUGGACACUGCACGAUGUCGACAAAGACGCCGUCGAAACCGCAGAAGGCCGAGACAUCGUGCUACAACGUCUUCCACUGGCAUUGUAUGUCAGAGUGGCCGGGGCAAACUGGCAACAACACCCAGACCUGCCGGUUGGCGUCGUUCGGAUUGAACCCGUCACCCAGACGUGGACGCUGGAAACGAACGGCAAAGCUACAGUCUCUCGACGUGGCUUUCCAAUAGCCUCCGAUUACGCUGGCACGGCGCAUUCGUUUAUGGGGGCAACCCUCGGUGCAUGCACAUUGGACCUUGGCACAUGGGAUGCCACGACCACCCGCGAGGCACAACUCAGCGGGUACAUGUGCCUAUCAAGAGUCCGAAAAAGCGAAGAUUUGUGCAUAGUCCAACCUUUCUCCCCCAACUUGUUUAGUCAUGGAGAGUUAAUUGGACCCCACACAUUCUUAGAGGUGCAUCGUGAAAAGCUGACACUGGCGCAGGCAAAAAUUCGAUUUGAGAAAGACAAGCCAAACAAGGAAAGGAAUCGUGACAUUAUGCUGUUUUACCGCGGUUGUAGCGCACAACCGCACCUAGAGGAAAAACUUUUGCCACUUCGAGAAUUUGUUUCGGCCUGGGACCAAGAGGAAUGGUUCCGAGUCUUGUCAGACGGCAUGUGUCGCUUAUGCACCCAAUGUAAAACGAAGCAGAGCAGCCCUGCAACCAAGAGGAAGGCUAAGGAAGUGAAUGCAUGCGCAUAUUGCCAGACCUUGCCAGCCGACCAGACCGGCUACUGUUCGAAGUGUGCCAAAAUUCGCUUAGCGUGCAGCAAGUGUGAUAUCGGGAAGAAAAUCAAAACAAAAAGCCUGCUAGAUUUUAGCCCGGAAGAAAUCGCACGAAGAAAAAAAACCAAAGAACUCCGAAGAGCACGCUGCAAGAAGUGUGCUGUCGCCCCAGUGACAGCAAAGGCAAAACAGGGUUUGUGCAGCAAUUGCAACACAGCCGUCAGUGUGUCCCACCUGGUGAACUACAGUGCAGCAUCCCAGACCGGCGUGUGCCGCAGCUGCGUAGCUAAGCAAGAGCGGGCACCCAAGACCUGCGCAAAGCACUUGGUGCACUACCUGCGCAUUUCCGCCUUGCAGUGGAGGUUGUGGGCAGCCACGCCCCCAAAAGGCAUCCAACCAUGCCAAGCAGAAAGCCGACUGGUAUUGCCAAAACUGCAAGGGAAAAUGUGUGAACUGUGGCAGCCUUGCCAAAGAACGCAGAGGCAGGCACAUGGUGUGCCACAUGUGCAUAUCCACCAUGCAGUGGAGGUUGCGGCGAGCCACGCCCCGAAAGACGAGCCAACCAUGCAAAACACCUGCCGAAAUGGUUUUGUCAACAUUGCAAUGCAGCGAAACAAUGUGCCAACUGUGCCGGCCCUUUGCCGAGCAAUGCAGAGGCAGGCACAUGGUGUGCCACAUGUGCAUAUCCACCCUGCAGUGGAGGUUGCGGCGAGCCCCGCCCACAUGAAAGAAGAUACCACGCCCAGUACAAGCCGCUUUGGUUGUGUCAAGCAUGCAGUGUACGCAAUGGUUACCCGCCGUGUCCAAUGUGCGGUCUGCAACGCCCGCAAGAAAGUCGGUACCAUGUCAAUGUCAUGCCGCACUGGACCUGCGAAGCCUGCACGGUAA